AUGUCAACUUGGUGCCAAUAUGAGGCUCUAAAAUAUGUGUCUUUCCCUACUCAGACAAUUUGCAAAACCUCUAAAGUAGUGGUGACGAUGCUGAUGGGUUUGGUACUGCGUGGACAAAGAUACACCUGGCAAGAAUGGGGUUGUGGUGGGGCUGUGGGUGUGGGUGCUAGCCUUUUUCUGCUAAGCAGUGGCCGAAGUCGUGCUGAAGGGGUUGUGACGUCGAUCUCCGGUAUGCUAUUGAUGACCGGAUAUUUAUUAUUUGAUUCUUAUACGUUGAACUACCAAAAGAAGCUUUUUGACAAAAAACCAAAGAUCUCAAAAUACCAGAUGAUGAUGGGUGUGAAUGUGUUCUCAGCAAUACUUUGUGCUGUUUCCCUUAUUGAACAAGGAACUCUGUUUUCAUCUAUAGACUUUGCUCUU